AGAAUUGAGCACUUUGCCCAAAUCUACAGUCAGAAAAUUGGCAUAAAAAAGGAAGUUCUUUUGAAAACAUUGUGGGGAGACUAUUACAUAAAUAUGAAGGCCAAGAAGAUCAUGAAGGUGGAUCAGGCGAAAGGAAAGAAGCCGUUAUUCGUGCAGUUAAUCCUGGAGAAUAUAUGGAGUUUGUAUGACGCUGUCUUGAAAAAGGACAAAGAAAAGAUCGAUAAAAUCGUCACCUCCUUGGGGUUGAAGAUCGGGGCCCGGGAGGCGCGGCACUCGGACCCGAAGGUCCAGGUCAGCGCCAUCUGCAGCCAGUGGCUGCCCGUCUCCCAGGCUGUGCUCGCCAUGGUGUGUCAGAGGCUCCCCAGCCCCCUCGACAUCACGCCCGAGCGGGUGGAGAAGCUGAUGUGCUCGGGCUCACAGGCGUUCGACUCGCUUCCACCGGAAACCCAGGCGCUGAAGGCAGCUUUUAUGAAAUGCGGGAGUGACGAGACCGCGCCGGUCAUCAUCUUUGUGUCCAAAAUGUUUGCUGUCGAUGCUAAGGCUUUGCCUCAGAAUAGGCCCAGGCCUCUCACUCAGGAAGAAAUUGUGCAGAGGCGUGAGCAGGCGAGACAGAGGCACGCGGAGAGGCUCGCGGCAGCUCAGGGCCCGGCGCCCGCGGGGCCCACCGCCGACGGGAGCACCCCGGAAACGAGUCCGGAGGGAGAGGAGCCGAAAGGGGGUGAGCCGCAGGUGGGGAGUGUGACCCCUAGGCCCGCGCCGCAGGAAGAAAGCAGCCAGGAGACCAACCAGGAGACGUUCGUGGCGUUUGCGCGCGUGUUCAGCGGCGUGGCCCGCAGAGGGAAGAAAAUCUUUGUCUUGGGGCCCAAGUACAGUCCCGUGGAGUUUCUGCAGCGGGUGCCAUCGGGCUUCUCCGCUCCCCUGGACGAGCUGCCCGCCGUCCCCCACAUGGCGUGCUGCACGCUGGAGCACCUGUACCUCCUGAUGGGGAGGGAGCUGCAGGACCUGGAGGAGGUGCCGCCAGGAAACGUGCUCGACAGAGUCGGGGUUAUCAGAUGCAGAUGACAUGCUGCUGGAGGCGGAAGUGAGCGCAUCGCGUGGCAUUCCGCGGCAGGUCUCGUUGGCGCUUGGAACACGCAGACGUCACUUUUGAACAAGGCUGUUACUCGCUUGGAGGAUUGACGCUGACCCGUCGGCGUGGGGCGGAUUUCUGCGGCCUGCGAAUAGUUCAUUGAGAGUUUAGAAUUCUGUAAUUCCAACCUGAUGUUUGGAAAAGUUGGUGUAGAUGAGCCUGGCCAGACCUCCAUGCCCGGCACACAAUGGCCCCUUGUUCAGUCUCCUCCCGAGAAAGUAAAUGUUUGCCGCAGGCCCGGUUCACACGCGAGGGGAAAUUGAAUUAGGGUUCCAAGUCUGCAGCCCUUUCUUCCUCGCGUCCAGAUCUCUUCCAUAUGGUGAAAUCUUUACAAUUUCAGGGGCGCGCUUUAAGAGGAAAUCUGAUAUUCCCCUUUUUACAGCGUGAGGGAAGCUGUGAGUGCCGCCCAGCCUUUUUCUGAACUGGUUUCAGUUCUGCCAGGGGAGGUCGCUGGGCUGACGGGAAGUCGGUGUGGUUUCAGUGAGCGUGUGUGUGUCUCCUUGUCAGGUGGGGAACUGAGGAGUCAGAAGCCUUUGAAGGGUUUUACUGGCAGAUUUUUAAAA